AUGUCCUAUCCAGCAUCCGCGAGGCAAUAUGUACCAUCUCAUCCGGAUACAAAUACGCAAGUCUUAUCUGGCAUCCGCUUUGUGCACCAUGUUAGUGCCUCGGUUGUUAGUGCCUCGCAAAAAUCAAGCAAAAUCAGACGACAUCAAAGCAACAUUUUCGCAAAAAUCAAGCAAAAUCAAGUCAACUCGCAUGCAGAUUCUGACCUCAGCCAAUGUGUCCCCCCAAUCAGCGCCACCGCACGCAAGACUACGAUAUAUGAUACAAUCAAACAUUAUGAUAGCAAGUCAAGCAAUACCAUACGAUCAGACAAGCAUUACGAUAGCAAGUCAAGCGAUACCAUACGAUCAGGCCAAUACAAUCACCGAAAAUCAAGUAAAAUCAGACCACAUCAUAGCGAUAUUUUCGCAAAAAUCAAGCAAAAUCGAGUCAACCCAUUCCGAGAUUCUGACCUGGACCUACGUGUCACCCCCCAGCCAAGCACCACCGCUUACUACAAUAGCAAUAUCAUAGCCAAUACUAUAGGAACAAAACAGCAAAAAUCAAGCAAAAUCAAGUCAACCCAUUCCGAGAUUCUGACCUAA